AUGGCUUCGGAUGCGUCACCGGAUGUGCCUAAGGGCAGGAAAAGAUUCAUUCCUCUAGAAAACAACCCAGAUGUUAUGACCGGACUGGUUCACAAGCUCGGUCUAUCCGACAAGCUUGCAUUCCAGGACGUCUUCAGUAUUGACGAUCCCGAACUGCUCGCCUUUGUCCCGCGCCCUGCACAUGCUCUGCUCCUCGUGUUUCCUGUCAGCAAAACAUAUGAGCAGUUCCGCGUGCAAGAAGACAAAGACAAGGCCGAGUAUGAGGGACACGGCCCGGAUGAGGAGGUUGUUUGGUACAAGCAGACAAUUGGAAACGCCUGCGGUCUGAUCGGUCUUCUCCACAGUGUCUCCAACGGCACAGCACGCGCCUACAUCCGCAAGUAG